AUGUUGACUAAAUUGCUUUUAAAGGCAAGACAGGCAAGAUUUUGUGUUUAUAUCAAAAAUUCAGUCAACUAUCAUGUUGCUAAUAGCUAGGACCCUAAUAGUAAAUUUGCUAAUCCUUAGUUCAAUUCAAGCAUUCUUGAUUUUGAUAAGGAUCAAGAAAACAAUGUGUAAAUGCAUUACUACCAAGGCAAAUUUAUGCCUGAUGAAUUGGAUUGGACUGAUGUCUGGGAAACUGCAUAUUAAAAUUUUACUUAACCAGAAUAUUUAUACCACUUUUGGUUUUGCGGUGUGUUGUAUUGUUUUGAGCCUGAAUGGACAAUUAAUUAUCCAUAUGAAAAGGGUCCACUUUCACCACUUUUUAGAGGAGAGCAUGCAUUAAGAAGAUAUCCAACGGGUGAGGAAAGAUGUAUUGCUUGUAAAUUGUGUUAAAGUGCUUGUCCAGCCAGAGCUAUUACUAUAGAAACAGAACCAAGACCGGAUAACUCGAGACGUACAGUACGUUACGAUAUUGAUAUGACUAAAUGCAUUUAUUGUGGAUUUUGCUAGGAAGCCUGUCCUGUCGAUGCAAUAGUUGAGGGCCCUAAUUAUGAAUACACAACAUAUCAACAUGAGGAUUUAUUUUAUGAUAAGUUUAAGCUUCUUGAGAAUGGAGAUAAGUGGGAACCUCAGAUAGCUAGAAACAUUGAAUAUUUAAUAACAAGAAAAUAUUGAUUUAUUAUUUCAAAUAAAAAAGAUAAAAAUAUUGUAUAGGA